AUGCCGAAUCUCGCUGGCUUCUCGGACAACCCGCUGCGCACAAAGCAUGACGUUACUCGGGCAUCUGAGGCGUUUCUACAUCCCCUUGUCCCAUAUUUCUCGAAGUACCAUGCCCGGGUCAAGAUUCCAGUAAACUCAGCAGCUCAUUUCGACGAUCUUGCCGCACAAUUAGAAGGUUAUGCGCGGCCGCUGUGGGUGGUUGGCGCGCUAUUGUCGGACCCGGGCGUGGCCCAAGGAAUUGGUGCACGCGACUCGCUGCUUCAGCCAUGGAUAGACGGACUGCAGCACGGCGUUGACCCGUCAUCGCCGGAGUUCUGGGGAGAUAUCAUCGACAUGGAUCAGCGAAUGGUCGAGGCAGAGAUCAUCUCCUUUGCGCUCUUGGCAGCACCUGCGGCCUUCUACGACCCGUUGUCGGAUGACUGCAAGAAGCAUCUGGCCAAUUGGCUUUACGGCCUGAACGGCAAGCAGAUGCCGGAGAACAACUGGCGAUGGUUUCGCGUUAUGUCGAAUUUGGCCCUGAUCAAGGUCUGCGGCCGUCCGCGCGAGGAGCUAUGGCCGUUGAUGGAGAAGGAUUUCCAGACCCUCGACUCGUUCGACAUUGGCGACGGGUGGUCGGCCGACGGCCCAUGGCGGCCCGUGACAGAGAAUCCCGAGGACGAGGGAUCCGGGUCGAGCGCAGCCUACGGCCGUCACGCCGACUACUAUUCCGGAAGUUUCGCGAUCCAGUUCAGCCAGCUGCUAUACUCAAAACUGGCUGCCGACCUCGACCCAGGCAGGGCUGCACAAUACCGGGAAAGAGCUAGGCAGUUCAGUCGCACCUUCUGGAGGUUCUUUGACUGUGACGGUGCCGGGAUUCCAUACGGCCGAUCCCUUACGUACCGUUUCGCCAUGAGCGGCUUCUAUGCUGCGUUUGCAUUCGCUGGACUUUGUGACGACAAUGAUCCCCUAACAUCUCACGGCUUCGUCAAGGGCAUGCUGCUCCGCAAUCUACGUUGGUGGGCCAACAACUCUGAGGACAUAUUCUGGCCAGAUGGCACGCUCAACAUUGGGUUCAUGUAUCCGAACAUGUAUAUGGCCGAGCCAUAUAACUCUCCUCAAUCACCAUACUGGGCGCUUAAGUCGUUAAUUGUGGCCGCUCUCCCGGCCGAACACGCCUUUUGGGCCGCUGAGGAACUCCCCCACCCACUAAAGGGCAGCACGGACGGCAGGCAACCGCCAGUCCCUGGAGUAGAGUUGGUCAAGCCUGCGCGUCAGAUACUCUGCAAUCACGAGCGCGGCAGCCACCACUUCUUGCUCUCUUCGGGGCCGUUUGCGGUUUGGCCGAUGAAGGUACCAGAGGCGAAGUACUCCAAGUUUGCCUACUCUUCAUCCUUUGGCUUCAGCGUCCCCGCGGGCAGCACCAUCAAUCAGCUCGCCCCGGACAACACCCUUGCGCUGAGUCUUGACGAUGGCGAUACGUGGGCUUGGUCCCUGCGUUGGUCAAUCGCUGGCGCCCUUGGCGGAAGAGGGCGGUGGAGGUAG